ACAUAUCCAGUGUCCUCAUGAUCCACCCUAUCAAUCAUCAUCAACCUUUCGAGUUGUAAACCGUCACCCGUUACUCGACUCUGACCGCCGUUAAGAUAUAUAUUAUAAUCCAAGCCUAACCAAGCAUUUAUCAGCUGAUCAGAGAAAUGAAGCCCGUUGACGAUAAGAAGGAAACGGUGACGAUCAAAGCCAGCCGCAACGAGGAAGGCCGAAAGAGGGUACUGGAGAAGACGGAGGCGAACACCCACAACAUAGACACCCUCAAGUACAUAGAGAAGAAGCUCAUAGACAAGGGCGCGCAGCGCAUGGACCGCCACCCUGUAGACGGCAUCGGCGGCAGAGCCAAGCCACCGCCCAAGUCUGGCCACGGCGGUAAGUACACAUGGGAGGGCCCGAGCGACCUGGUCCAGGCCGAGUUGGAGGAGGUACCGCCGGCAAUAGACAAGAAGGACCCCAAUUACGUGGAUGAGGAGGUGGAGGAGAGGAUUUUGAGGGGAGAGGACAGCGACGUAGCGGGCUUGGUUGUGGGCAGCGUGGAGGUGCCGAAGGCUGCUGAGGCAAGAGAGGGGGUUGCUAGGGUUGAGGUUGAUCCUCAACUAAUGUCUGAUGCUGUGGCUUAAUUUGCACGUUUAAGCAGUUUCUCUAGCUAGCUUGUUGAACAUGAUAAAUGGGUUGCCAAGGAACGGGAUCCUCGAUGUUCAAAGUAUGUGUUAAUCUCGUGUUAAAUUCUAAUAAGUUUUUCAUCUUUCAAUCAGGCUUCGGCACCUCCACCCUGCUCGUGUUACACUAAUUAUCAUCGCUCUCUCUCUCUCUCUAAUUAGGGUUUCCUGUUUAAUUUAAGAGAGUUUAUCGGUGUCUGAUCGUUUUAUCUCA